GCGCGCCUUAACAAACGCUUAUGGGACCAAGACAAACUUUAAAAUCUGCAAUGGUGAGCCUGUCGAAUGAAAACCGACGUUCAGGCGGUUACUUUUUUAACGAUGAAAACACUAUUCAAGGACGGGACGGUGAUGAACCGCUCCUCGAUAGUCCCACUUAUACUACGGAGCUGGACCGUCCAUUCCGAGUCAUCAACACCACGGCGGCCAUCGUCCUGCAGAUUCUCUUGUUGAUUGUAGCAGCUGCAGUAGUGCUAGGGUUAGAUUCCAUUAGUCACAGCACCUCCGAGGCAAUUAUAUACUACAUCCAGGGGGCGCUGUGGUUCCUUCAUCUCAUCUUCGACAUAUUUUACCGACAUUGCCACAAGAAGAGUCGCCUCCAUGGAUACCUGGAGUUCUACAGACAGACGCGACUUGUACGUCAGCUGCCACUGGCCAUCAGCUCUGCAGUCAAUGCUGGAUUAAUUAUUCUGAACAGUUUGGCGAGACAGCAAGGAUGGACACCCGAUAUUGGAAAACACAACAAGGUCUGGCACCUCGGACUCCGUCUCAUCGUCGUCCUACACAUCGUCAUCAAACUCAUCGUCCUAAUCCUCUAUCUAGGGCAGUAUUGUGUCAGUAUCGUGUUACCAGAUAAAUGUCUCAUCGUCGUCCUACAUAAUGUCGUCAAACUCAUCGUCCUCCUACAUAUCGUCAUCAAACUCAUUGUCCUAAUCUUCUAUCUAGGUAAAUGUAUCAUCGUCGUCCUACACAUCGUCAUCAAACUCAUCGUCCUAAUCCUCUAUCUAGUGAAGACGGUGAAGUUCAACAAAAGCCAUGUGUCACCUGAUGUCGCCCAAGAAGACAUGAUGGGAAGCUUUGUACAGUCGACUCAUUCCUCCGAAAUAGGAUUCAGAGACGAGCAUUACACGGAACAAGUGUUAGAGAAACAGGCUGACAUGAUACGCUACCUGAAGCAGCACAACGCCCAGCUUGGCAAACGUAUCCUCGCCCUCACUGCCGAAAACCAGACCCUAAAGGGAGGUAAUAGCUGAGGGGUCAAAGGUUACAAUGAUGACGAGAAAACCAUAGAUGUGUUCUCACUUUCAAUUAUGAAGACAAACAGUAUGAUUUCUUGGUGAUGAACCCUUUUACCACUGUAGACCAUAAUGGACUCAUCCAGAUCAAUGCAUGGUAGAGUCUACUAAAGUUACAUAGGGAUGAAACGGUUGAAAGUGUUAAAUCUUCAUCCGACAUGACUAUCGCUUCAUGUAAGAUUGUUGUACACUAACUAGACAGGCAUGGAAGAAGAAAAACACUCUUUGUGCGUUUGUGGUAACGAGAACAGAAACAUUUUAUCGGAGUUGGAUAUCAAUGGAGUUAGGUUGGACGUACUCAAUUCUUAUCAUAGGAGAACAACAAAAACCUCCCCAUAUGUCAAAGGGAGACAACCUAUAUCUACCAUCUAAUGAAAUUUUUCAUGAUUUGAGGACAAAUGCAGUGUAAAUUACUUCAUUGUGCUUAACCCUUUCACCACUGUAGACCGUAAUAGACACAUCCAGAUCAUUGCAAGGUAGAGUCUACUAAACUUGCAUAGGGGUUAAAGGUGUAGAUGUAAACACAGAUGUGAGGACAUUGAAAAAUCUGUUACAACAUUACAUCAUUACAACAU